AUGAGAAGAGUUGACAGAUUUGAAAAUGCUUUGCUUAAAUUUAUUGAGAUAAAUCCUGAAGAACAAUCCACUAAGAGAAGGUUUCACUCUUAAUUACCCUCACUCUAAUUAAGUCGUGUUACGGUAGGAAUGACUGAUACUGAAGAAAGCCCUUACGUCUUUAAAUAAUUUGGAUAACGUAAUCAGAAAAAUAGAACUCCAAUUCCCUUCUUUAAACCUUUCAAUAUUAAUCCUGAUUACAAUCAAAGGAAAAAGACUAAAAUUUUACUUCGAAAAUUUUAAGCCUUAAAAAAGAUAGGAAAUUCUUCAUUUCGAUGA